GUGCGAACGCCCAUCUCGCCCAAAUCCAGCCUGAGGUUGCACUUAUCGGCCAGGUUCCUUUCUCUUGACCGCCAUGUUCUUGCACUCAUGGGCAUUGUGCGCUACCCUACUGACCUGUUUCAGCCGUGUAGCCGGCUGGCAGGAGCAGAUAAGGAUCAGCGCGGGGUCGAAUGCAAUGCGCCUGCCAUCUCUCGCGUUGGAGGAUACGUACAUCAUACUUGUUCACGAGAGCGUCCCGGGCUACGCAGUACGCGUUAAGAAGACCGAGUUCUGCGAUUCUACUGUGAACGUAUACACGGGCUAUCUAGACGUCGACUAUGGGGCGAAACACAUGUUCUUCUAUUUCUUUGAGAGCAGAAGAAACCCACAGAAAGACGAUGUCAUGAUGUGGAUUAACGGCGGACCAGGCUGCUCGUCGUCAAUGGGUCUGCUCAUGGAGCUAGGACCAUGUCAGAUUGACAUAACGGGCACCUCGCCCAACCGCACAACCUGGAAUCCAUACUCCUGGAACGCGGAAGCUAACAUAUUCUUCCUCGAUCAGCCUGUCGGUGUUGGUUUUUCUUACGCCGACUACGGUGAGACGGUCGAGACCACGGAAGAAGCAGCUCGGAACGUGCAUGCCUUCAUCAAUAUCUUCUUCCAGACAUUUUCUGAGUUUUCUGGGCGACCGCUACAUCUAUCCGGCGAAUCGUAUGCAGGACGAUACUUGCCUGCGUUCGCGAGCUACAUACACGACCAGAACCGUCUCGCGCAGGCCGAAGGGCGAGAGACGAUCAAUCUACAAAGUGUCCUGAUUGGCAACGGCAUCACAGACAUUUCUACGUUAUAUCCUGGUAGAUAUGAGAUCGAGUGCGGCACGGCGGCGCUGGAAGUGCCGUUCCAAAAGGUCAGCACUUGCGUACGGAUGAAGAUGGCACUUCCACGCUGCCAACGAGCCAUGUAUGACAGCUGUAUCGACCAAUUCGAUGCUAUUGGCUGCAACGCUGCCGUGAACCUCUGCGACUCCGAACUGAGCACUGGAUAUUGGGCAAGCGGUCGCAACCCCUACGACAUCUCAAAGCCCUGCGAAGGCACGAGCCUCUGCUACAACGAGAACGCCGCUAUCAAGGCCUACCUAGAUGAUCCCUCUAUCAGGAACCUCCUCGGCGUCUCUUCCCCGAACAACUUCACUGCAUGUAGCAGCGCCGUCGGAACGGGAUUCCGCGCACAUCUGGACAAGUGGGCAGUCCCGUCCCAGCACUACGUCUCGAGCCUGCUAGCGCGUGGCAUCAGAAUCCUCAUUUAUGCGGGCACGUAUGACUGGCAAUGCAACUGGGUUGCGAAUCGGAUGUGGGUGGAUAAGCUCGAGUGGGACGGUGCCGAUGCGUGGGCGGCGGAGACUUGGAGGAGUUGGGGUGUGGAUGGCAGCGUGGCAGGUGAGACGAAGACAGUCGGCCCGUUGACCUUUGCGACCGUCUUUGGUGCGGGACAUAUGGUCCCUCAUGACAAACCGGCAGAAGCACAGGCAAUUGUGUCGCGGUGGCUCACUCAGAAGGACUUGUGAAAGUCAACUAUAGCGGCGUAUCUUUCCGCGCAUCUAUACAGUACGAGACAUCUUGCACGAAAAGCUGCACGCAUAAGCAGGAGGCGGUUCUCUUUCACUGCAAUUUGCCAAAGCCGCGACC